UCUCAACAGCAGAGGUCCAGCGCCUUGGAUGCGACUUUAAAGCGCGUCGAGAACAAUAAGCACCGACUGACAGCUGUUAGUUUUGAAUGUGGUAGACUGUCUUGCCGUUUCUCUACCUGCACUGCUCCUUUCUAGUGAAAGAACUGGGAAAACAAAACAAAAGGUGUGACUUGGAAAAGUGCUCAGGCGGGCACGCGUCAGAAGUCCGGAUAGAUUUGGCACAAGUAAAGAUGCCCAAAUGGGUCUCGUCGCAAUGGGAUUUGAGUUGAAGAACACGUAACCACUUAGAAGUCACCCCGAUUCAACCCGUUUUUAAGGUAACUGGAACUUGAAAAGGCGUAUUUUCUUUCUCUUCUCCUUCUUCUUCUUCUUCUUCUUUUUGACCGCUGGGAUGUUGUGAGUGACGCGUCGCCUGGGACAGAAGGAGCGGGGACGCAGAAGGAAGAGGGGGCACCAGAACUGGCUGAGCAGCGGAGGGAUUAUGGCUCUCGCAACGUUUUCCCUCAGCCUCAUCACGCUGGCGCUUACAAACUUGCACCUUUCGAGAGCCAGCAAUCGGCAUGCGGUGUACUGGAACAGUUCAAACCUGCUCCUCCGACGGGAGGGAUACACAGUGCAAGUCAGUGUCAACGACUACCUGGACAUCUACUGCCCGCACUACAACACCAGUCAGCGUGGGACGCUAGAGCGUGUCGUGGCAGAGCAGUACAUCCUCUACAUGGUCGACUACCACGGCUACCGCACCUGCAACACCCAGAAGGGCUCCAAGCGUUGGGAGUGCAACCGGCCCCAUGCGCCCCACGCGCCCAUCAAAUUCUCAGAGAAGUUCCAGCGUUACAGCGCCUUCUCCCUGGGCUACGAGUUCAACGUGGGCAAGGAGUACUACUACAUCUCCACGCCCACGCACCACCACCACGGUCACAGCUGCCUGAGACUGAGAGUAUUCGUCUGCUGCUCCACUGUCUCCCAGGCAGACGAGGACUCCAUUCAGACUCCCGAUUACACAGUCAGGCCAAACAUCAAAAUACACAACAUUGAUGAAUUUAACCCUGAAGUCCCGAAGCUGGAGAAGAGCGUCAGUGGCAGCAGCCCUUCACGUGACCGCCUUCUUCUCACCGUGGCAAUGCUGCUCGUGUCUGCCAUCCUUUUGUCCUAGCAACAGUCGCCGAGUGGCACUUCAUGCAUAGCUGGACCCGCCUUUUGCAAAGGGCUUUGUAUCCACCGAGUUUGUGAUUACGUGAAAUCUGACAGACACACAGAGAGCUGAGGUGCAACUGAAGCACAAUCAAAAGGACACAGACAAAAAAAACGACAAAAACAAAAAAAAAGGAAACCCAACAAAAACAAACUUUAACUUAGCUUAAUGGACUUUUAAAAAAAGAGGCCUUUUUUGCUGUCAUAUUUACACCAGUGUAUUUUGACACUCCAUGUGCUCCAUAGUGUAGGGGUUUACACAUUCACCUAACAAGCGAACGAUUCCCAGUUUGAUCCCAGGAGGAGAAGCAAAUCCCUUCGGGGUUGUGUCAGGAAGAGCAUCCGGCAUAAAAAUCUGCCAAAUCAAAUAUGCGGAGCUACCGGCUGUGGCCUUAUCCCUUGUGAAUAAGGGAGCGGCCGAAAGUAGCUUCUUACCUGUUGCUGGAUAUCAUUAUCACACCACUACCACCUUUAGUGCGGGUGUUGAGACCAAAACAACACUCAGAGUCCGACUUCUGUGCUGCUCCGAAGCCUGAUGAGAGUAAGAAAACUGACUUGUAAUAACUUGGGUGCAGACUACACGCUCUUAUUGUAGCAUGGAUAUCAAAUCACCGGAGGAAUUUAAGCUGCUUUCUCUUCAACGUAUUGUAACUUUGAGCUUUGAAGAAGAUUGGAAACCUGGACUCCGCAGUGGCUUUUUAGUCCUUGGACCACAGGCCCAGUCUGAUGAUGCAUUAAACCCGACUUUGAUGUAGUAAAGAGCAAGAUGGACUCUGGAUCUGUACUGAUCUUACCCAGACUAUCAGGACGUAAUCAGUCGUGAUGAGAACUCCUGCUGUUGCGCUGGACAUUGAAGAAUGUUUUAACACUGAUGUGAGGAAGCCGGUGGUAAUAACAGUCCAAGAAAGGGGAAAGACUUUGUGAUAUAUCCACGAGCCUUUCAAAAAUCCAUUUUCACCAGACAUCAAAAAAUACCCCUAGCUUUGUGAUAGGUACAGAUGCAAAGCCUGCAUUUCUUAGAAGGUAGCAAGUGCCCUCUUAGAACUAGUCUUUUGUCUGCAUUUCCUGCCUUCACACUGUAACAACCCUAGAAAAGUACAGACCCUGGACUAGUAAUUUGAUGGCACUUAGACGUGGUAGAUGUGGUAGAUGUGUGUUUUGUUCCGACGCAUUUACCUUCAGCACUUGGCGUAGAUUUUCCGGAUGUCAAACCUUUCGCUGCAAUCAGCACAGUCAUUCAGAACGUCACUAAUUUACAAUUCUUAAAAAAAAAAAGAAAAGGAAAAAAAGAAAAUCUCACAGCAGCAAGUCCCCUUUUAAUCCCAGACACCCCUGUCUGUUCCUUUUUCCACAACCAAUCAGUGCUGAUGACCAUUAACAGCAGUCACAGUCACCCUGGAAACAACCCCAUACAGUCGCCAAAGUGCGGCAGGUGCCUGAGGAGAAACUGUGCUUUGAGUCUCAAAGUAACGCUGCCGCCAUUUUGUUAAAAAAAUAUAUAUAUAUAAAGAAAUGUAAAAAAAAAAAACACUUGUGAAUGUGCAAAUAAAGAGAAGUUCACUUUUUUAUAUUGUAAUACAGGACAGCGUA